AUGACAUCCAUGGGGUGCCAUGAGGAAUCGCUACAUUAUUUGAACCACAUCAAAGACUUCUGGCACUCCGUUUUUGACGGCAACGAGAGCGCUAUGAUGAAACUUGACCGAACGUCGUUGGAAGCGCUGCAACUGAAGGCGCCCGGAGCCUGCGAAAAGCACGCGCGCGACCUGCACGCGCGCGUCCGCAGCGGUGACAUCCUCGGCGCUUUCAACGAGGCUGAGCGAGAGAGAAUUUGGUCUAAAAUACGUGAUGCCACCGUUGACUGUACGGUGCCAUCACUCAAUAGCUUUUUCGAGGAUCGCAAGUACAUCGAGGAUGCAGCGCAUUGUAUCAAGAUGCUAUUGCCCCCGGGACGCCACAAGACCAUCCGCUCCGCUCUGGAAGAUGCGUAUCCCGAAGUGGACGAGCAGGGCACAGAAUGUCUGGUGCAGGUGUCCAGCUCUUCAUUCAAAGCGGUUGCGACGGAUGGAACAGAUCAUUUUGACCUGGCCUACCGGCAACUAUGGCUGUAUGCUCGCCGCCACUUCGAAGAUAUGCCCCACGAGCGGGAGCAGAUAGUUGCAGGCUACAAGACUGCCGGUGUUGAUGAGAUGGUGUUGUUUGAUUUCGCGUCGCUCGCGUACAAGCUUGGAUUCAGAACCACAGAGAUUGAAAGGCUGCUGAAGGGUAACCCGGACCGCCAGAUUGCGCACCGGCUACUGAAGAUGGCACGAAAACCAGACCAGUUCUAUUUCGAAGAUAUAGAGUCUAGUAUCUCUGCAGUCACGACUGUGAUGGAAGCGGCCCGUCCUAUUUGCAAUAACCAAGAUGUUGAUGUGGAAGAGCCCGAGGUAAUAGCAGCUGGCGCGACCGCAAAGCAAUGUGGACGGCCACUCGUCUCCGAUCAUGUGCGAUGCAAACCACUUCUGUUCCUAGACAAGCUGCAUGCUACCAUGGCGCGACAAAAUAGGACUCUGUCGUCAUUCUUUAUUCAACGCUCCACCUACUUUGCUUUUUUUGGGAAGGAUCUUGCGAUCUCUUGUGAGGCCAUGCGAGAUGCGCCCGAAGCACGAAGCGUUCAGGACGUAGGCAUGGACAUCGAGCGUGCAAGUGAAAUAAUUACUGCCUCCCCCCAGACUCGUGCUCGAAUGGAAAUUGCCUCGCGGGAAAGCGAAUGUCAGACGAAGCUGCGAACUGCACAAAGAGAGGCUGCGGAUGCUGAGUCACGGCUACAAAUGCUCUUGACCAAGGAGCGACAGCAAACGGAAAAGCUAGCUGGGCUCGAGGAUGCCAUAACAGCCCGCGCAGCUGAAUCAGCGGCGACUGAAAAGAACCUCCAAGACAAAUUUGAGAAACUGAAGCAACGGGAAGUGGAACAAGUUAUUCGGCUCGAGACCCUCGCGGCCAAAGAGCCAGAGCAACAUGCUCAUAUGAAGCAACUGGAGCAGGGUCGAGCGGACAUGGAGGGAGAUAUACGGCUGGAUUGUAUUGCCACGAACCUGGAAGCAACAGCUGAGGACGAGGAUGCAAGUGGGACGGAAAGACUGCUACAGGUAUCGGCGCAGCUUAGUGAAAAGCAGAACGAGCUGAACAGGCUAGAGGAGAUGGAACGUAACAAGCGCUUGGUCAUCCGACAAUUGGAGGAAGAGGAAGUGCGGUUACGUUCCUCCAUCGAUGAUCUGUCAAUGACAGUCAGAGCGCUCACAGAAGACGAACAGGCGAAAGGUGACUCGAUAGCGUCACUGAAAGAACAAUACCAGUCCACUAACAAGAAGCUCGUGGAGAAGGAGAUGGGCUUGCGACAGAAUAUUGACUUUCUAGAAGUAUGCCGAGAGCGCCUGGAGGCGGAUAUCAAAGCUGCCACGGAGGAGAAGGAUGUUUUGUCUCAAGCGCCUUUGGUGAAUUCUACGCGCGGGGGAAGCCAAGACAUUGAUGAGCUUCGGCAAGCUACCGAGCGACGCCAACCCUUGGAGAACGUACCAUUAUCACCAGGCGAAGGACGUGCGGAAGAAGAUGGAGCCGUCGGCUUAGAAUACAUGAUACGGGGUGCGUUUGACUCAGAGGAGGAGCAUCUGGCCCCAACGGAGGACAUACCACUACCACUGUUCUCAAGGGCAUUGCCGGCCGCCUCCGACAGGCCAUUGGAAGCACCGAUGGGAAAUCAGACGGAGGAAACUAUCGAGGUAUGA